AUGCAAUUAUUUACUUUAGGGCCAUUUCCCACUGCAAAAAAUGAGGACAAACCCCAGUCACUGGACAUUGGCACAGGGCCUUUCAGACCUCGAGAGUACACCUGGUUUGAGAUGUCCGUGGACUCAAUGCUUCAAAAGAAGGCAAGGGAAGGGCUUUCUUUUGGCCGCAUUGUGAAGCUCCUCUCUUCACACCUCUCCCAGCUGAUGGAGAAAAACGCAAGCGAUUAUUAUGGAAGUAGUUUCCUGAGUGUUCUGCCAAGACAAGCAGGCUGGGUGGCGCAGGGCCUGCAAGUGCAAACGAAGUUCCACGUCUUUUUCCGGCACCUGCCCCGCGCCAGCGCGCGCCAGCUGCAGCGAUCAUUGCGCAAUCUUCCCGGCCAGCACUUGGAGUCCGCGGACGGGGCCCUGAGGCUCCAGCUCCUCUCCAUCGAUGUGACCGAUGUGGACGAGUGUGACGUGGGGGAGGACCUGUGUGACGCAAACGCAUUCUGCCACAACAUGGUGGGCUCCUACGUCUGCUUCUGUAAUGAAAACUACAUCAACCUCGACCCCGCGUGGAAAGGAACCCAGUGCCAAAGCGUUCUCGCUCAAGAGGCACCAGAGGUGGCGGCCCUAGUUUCCCCGCUGGCCGUAGCGCUGGGCUCUGCUGCCUGCAUCCUUGUGCUGCUGGUGCUCGUGGGGGUGGCCGUGAGUAGCGUCGCGGUGAAGGGGAGGAGGCGCCGUCGUCGCUUGCGCCUGGAGGCAAACGGCUUCAGCUGCACAAGCACGCCCGCCAUCUACUUCCACCGGCGCUGGGAAGACUGGGAUCCACCUCCUGCACCGACUCUGUCAGACGCAACACUCGUCUCUCAGCCCCGAGUGGGUCCUCCCAUGGUGAGCGCUUCCAGCAUCAGCGCUCCGGACAAUCUCGCGUCACUCAACGGUGGUACGAGCACGGGAGGGCAGUGGCGUGCAUCCGCAUCGGCCGACGUUUAAGAUUGUGCAGCAGAGCCGUCCACUUCGCCAACUCCCGAGUCUUAAAUCUCCGACGCGUUGUCUGCCCGUUUUGAGUGUUGCUUUUUUUGUUUUGAAUGUAAUGCGAUUGUUAUAGGAUGUAGUAAUGGUAUGCAAAUGUUUAAUUAUACACUUAAUGUAACCGUGGCCCUUUAGCUUUAAUUGCAACAGCUGAUUUGAGGUAACAUUUAAGGAAUUUUGUUUAGCUUGCAAAUAGUUAUGCUUGCUAAAUGUGCAUGCGAUGUCUCGGCACAGCCAAUGAACACCUUGUUUUAAACCAUGAAAAUUAACCAAAUCGUAACCAUAAAAAAAUUCAAGUAUUACAAAUGUCAUUAUCAUGGUAACCACAUCGUAACUUAAUGUGCUUCAUGUCAUAUUUAAAAUUGUCACAUGGUUUGUUUUAAAUUCAAGGUUCAUGAGUUUCCUCCCCAUGUUUCCCAGUUAAGGAGUUGGUCCAUGUGGGUAUUUUUGUUUUCCCUGUUGGCCAGGGUAGUGUGCUUAGUGAUGCACAUUAACCUGCAUUUGUUACACUACUAUGCAUUAAAUUGAAAAGUACAUGGGUUUGUUUUACUUUUUUUCUAUCAUGAUAAAUGAGCACUUUAUACAAAAAUGACAAAGUACACAUUUUAACACAUUUACACAUGCAAGUACAAAGCUUACAUUUGAAUUCUAUCUCAGGUCAUGGUUUGUAAUUGGCAAUUUCAUCACAAAGUGCUACGUGUAUUGUUUCCCAUAGUGCAUUGUUUUUUAGUUUGCUUGAGCCUGACAAUUUGCAGUUGGCUCAUCACAAGUUAAAUCCAUUUGCUAUUUAAUAGCUGUACACUGCAUCCUAAAGUGGCUCCAAGAAACUCUGCAGACACCAAUUGGUGCCCGGAUUAACUUUAUUUACAGAAACGUUAUUUUUUUCAACCUGGAGAUGCUUUACUAGGGUGGGUAAAGAUGCAUCCUGUACCAAAAACAGGAGGGACGGGGUACUGGCUCAAGGUAAAAUUGCUCAUGUCAGUGGUA